AUGGCUGAUCCCUUCAAUAACACCAGUAAGGCUGAGGCUGUUCACACCGUUGAUAGUUACCUAGAAAUCAACAAGGAUGAACAAAGGGUUACUAAGAAUACCAAUGUCACCAAGGAUGUCAAUGACAUUGACAAUAAUGAGCACCUUAAGGCCAAUACUGAAACUGAUACUAAUGUGGUAGACUUAUAUGAGUACUAUGACGACGAAUUACUUACCUCAUUGAAUCCGAGUGUAGCCAACAGGCUAAUGACAAGAAGAAAAGGCAAAGAUGCUGUUCAAGGAUCACCAAAAGGGAGCACUCAAGUGAACAACCCUGCCAAAGACACUGUCAGGAAGAAGAGUACUUCUGCAGGUCCUGUCAAGAUCAAAGCUAUUACCAAGAGUAAAGGGGUUGGUCCUUCAAAAUCUUGGAGCAGGGUCAUUCCAAAGAAAAGAAAAGAGCGGGAAAUUGUUGAAACUGAAUCUGAUGUUGAUGUAAAUGUCCUUGACAUUCCAUUAAGGAAGAAGCCUACAACCAGUAAGUUUGCUGCUAGCAUCCCUGAAGUUCCCAUUUAUAAUGUGUCUUUCCACUAUGCCUCUACUGUCAGCAGAUGGAAAUAUGUUCUCCAAAAGAGAUUGGCUGUUGAAAGGGAAUCGGCUCCAAUUGCUCUUGAAAACAAGGAGGUCUUAGAGCUGAAUCAAGAAGCUGGAGUGCUAAAAAAUGUGUGCAAUCUACCCAAAUGUUAUGAGAAGCUGGUCAAAGAAUUUAUGGUAAACCUAUCUGAAGAUUGUGGCAAUAGCAUAAGUGCAGAUUACAGAAAGGUGUUUGUAAGAGGUAAGUGUGUAUCGUUCUCUCCUUCUGUGAUUAAUAAAUUCUUGGGAAGAACAGAUGAAGCUCAAACCGAGCUGGAAGUAACAGACAACCAAGUCUAUCAAGUGAUCAUAGCCAAGCAGGUAAAAAGCUGGCCCAUGAAAGAGAAGCUAACUGCAAGUAAGCUGAGCAUCAAGUAUGCAAUGCUUCACAAAAUAGGAGCAGCUAAUUGGGUUCCAACAAAUCACAAGUCCUCUAUCUCAACCGUGCUUGGGAGAUUUAUGUAUGUUGUAGGAACAAAGGCAUAG